AGAAUAUAGUCAAACACACCAACAUCGCAUUAUUACUUAAUUUUUUAUUUCUCGACGCUCUAAUUCACUGUCAAGCAAGCUUUUCCUCUUUUUUCCCUUUGUUUUUACCACCGUUCAAGCACAAUUUCAAAAACCGCACAGAUCCGAAAAUAACAGGACACUAAUUUCCCUCUCUAUAGUAGGAAAGUUAUUUUCUCUCACUUUCUCGGCCUUUCUUUUUUAUACAUGUGGAUGCAGGAAGAAGCAGAAGCAUGAAUUUUCAGAGAUCGAUAGUUGGCUCAGUCAGAUAGCUAACUCGUGACAAGAGAAUCUGAGCCUUCUGCAUUUUCAUGUCCACUGUGGUUCUUGUCUUCUAAAGAUGUCAGUUGUUUUUGUUGGUUUUAACGAUCCUAUGUUUGUUUUAUUAGCAUGUCAGCCUGUGGAUUUUUUGUUUACAGAAGUUGUUCUUAAGAGAUAUUUUCUUCUGUUUGCAUGACAAUUAUCCGCUGUGGGGUGCUGAUUCCUUUAAGCUAAAUCAGAAUAUAAAUCAGCAUUCAAUAUUUUGAUGCAUCUUUAUAAUCAAAAGAAUGAAGAGAUGGUAUGGUGGUGUUUUCAUUGCAUCCUUGUUUAUGUUGCUGAUCCUAAGAUAUAGUCUCAUGAAAAAUCCUAUUGGAGAAAGUUAUCUGAUGAAUGCCUUUUCCAAUGCAACUAAUCCUCUUGAAUGGGUACAAGCUACAGUUCCACCUGCAGUUAAAAAUCCAGGAAACUCCAAUAAAGUGAUCUCUACGGAAACCAUAGUCUCCAGUUUGUUUGCUCAGAGGAAUAUUUCUAAUGAAGAGCAAAAAUCUUUACAGACAUGGAACCUAUUGGGACACUUGAUUGAUCAAGCCCAGAUUUUGCCUAAUGGAUUAGAGGCCAUGAAAGAAGCUGGAAGUGCAUGGAAUAGCCUUAUGGCUUCUGUUGAAGAAGAAAGUCAUAGUUAUGCAAAUGAAAGUAUAAAUAGGAGAUCGAAAGAGAAGCAGUGUCCCCAUUUUCUUAACAAAGUGAACGCCACAGUUCUUGAGAGUAGUGGUUUUAAGUUGCGGCUUCCUUGUGGCCUGACUCAGGGUUCUUCGAUAACGAUUAUUGGCAUCCCAAAUGGUCUUCUUGGCAAUUUUCGGAUCGACUUAACAGGGGAAGCACUUCCAGGGGAGCCUGAUCCACCUGUCAUUUUGCAUUACAAUGUUAGGCUUCAUGGUGAUAAGAUAACUGAGGAUCCAGUAAUAGUUCAAAACACCUGGACUGCAGCUCGUGAUUGGGGUGAAGAGGAGCGCUGCCCUUCUCCUACUCCUGAAAAGAAUAAGAAAGUGGAUGAGUUGGAUCAGUGUAACAAGAUAGUGGGUAGAAAUGAUACCCGGGCAGCUGGCAUGCAUUCCGAACGUUCAAGUAGGUCUAUGAUGGUUCAGGAAGGAUCUAAAAACAGAAGAUAUUUUCCCUUUAAGCAAGGUUAUUUAUCUGUUGCAACAAUUAGAGUAGGAUCAGAGGGAAUCCAGACAACAGUUGAUGGAAAGCACAUAACAUCUUUUGCAUACCGCGAAACCCUGGAGCCAUGGUUGGUUAGUGAAGUUAGGAUAUCCGGAGACUUGAAGCUAAUUUCUGUGGUGGCUAGUGGUCUACCUACAUCAGAGGAUUUAGAACAUGCAAUAGAUCUAGAAGCACUCAAGUCAGCUCCUCUUUCCCCUAAAAAACCACCACAUCUCUUUGUUGGUGUUUUCUCCACAGCAAACAAUUUUAAACGCAGGAUGGCAGUUCGAAGAACUUGGAUGCAGUAUGCUGCAGUUCGGUCAGGAACUGUAGCAGUGCGCUUCUUUGUUGGUUUGCAUAAAAAUCAAUUAGUGAAUGAGGAACUCUGGAAUGAAGCACAAACAUAUGGUGACAUACAACUAAUGCCUUUUGUUGACUAUUACAACCUCAUCACCUGGAAAACUUUAGCCAUCUGCAUUUUUGGGACAGAGGUUGCAUCAGCAAAAUAUGUCAUGAAGACAGAUGAUGAUGCAUUUGUUCGAAUAGAUGAAGUGCUAGCUUCUUUAAAGAGGAUCAAAGUGAGUAACGGGCUGCUUUAUGGGCUGAUCAACUCAGAUUCCCAACCUCACCGGAAUCCUGAUAGCAAAUGGUACAUUAGCCUUGAGGAAUGGCAUGAAGAGAAAUACCCCCCUUGGGCCCAUGGCCCUGGUUAUGUGGUGUCCCGUGAUAUAGCCAACGAAGUUUACAGGAGACAUCUAGAAGGCCGUUUGAAGAUUUUUAAGCUAGAAGAUGUAGCAAUGGGCAUCUGGAUAGCCGAAAUGAAAAAGCAGGGUUUAAAAGUUACGUACGCGACCGAAGAGAAGAUCUAUAAUGAAGGGUGCAAGGACGGUUAUAUUGUUGCCCACUACCAAAGUCCGAGAGAGAUGCUUUGUCUAUGGCAGAAACUUCAAGAAGGAAAGGGUGCUAUUUGCUGUGGUGACCAAUGAGAGCAUAGUCCAUAUGUUACAGGUUCUUGGGAGCUUGGGGCCUAACAUAACAUGAAGUCUGAAGAGAUUAAUCCUAACCAGUUUUUGAAAUUUUCCCGACCAUUGAGCAGACAGAUCUCACUACACACUAGAAGAGAAGAAGGUAUUGCAUUCUGGCAUUUUAGCUUUGCAGAGUAGCUGUCAGUCACACCAUUGUAAUAGUAUAAAUAAGUUUUACACGAAGGUCAUUACGCCUCAGUGACUUGUAGGGAUUUGCUUGCUGCGUAGAAUAUAGUGCAUUGUAUAGAAUAUAUGUAGUAAUAGGCUAUAGAAAUUAAUAUUUUGCAAUAUUAUCAAUUUUUUACUCAUUAUUCAAUAUGCAAUAUUCUUUUCAUGAGAA